GUGGCGGCUGGGAGGCACACACGUUUGUGUGAUAGGCGCCUAUUGCUGAGCGCCGCCAUGUUGGGCAGAAGAGACGCAGCCGGUACCGGACCAGCAGCUGCGUACGAAACCCGCUCUCGAUCGUUACAUCGUGUCAACCAAUGAGGAGGCUCGCCUCACCGCUCCAGGAUGACCAAUCACGCUCUAGCUUUCAAACUUGCAGCCAAUGGAAUUCCUCCUUGUAUCCGCGACUAGCUUUCCUCUCUCAACAUAUGGUAAAGGAAAGUCGCAGCGGAAAAUACAGAUUUAUAGCGGUGUUCAGUGUUAAUUGUCGGUGGCAGAGGCUAGGCGGCGAUGAUAGGCUGAUAACGCUAAGUGCCAAAGGACAUACAACAGCCCCGAGCAUAAUGGUGGAGGAGACAAGACGUCUCUGAAGGAUGGGGAAGCAACAGGUUAUGAGUGUUGCUGAGAAGGUGGGAUGGUUAUGGGAGAGGCUACGAGCAGUGCUGUGUUGGCGUGAGGGCCACAGCUGCUGCUGCUGUUGCUGCUGCUGCUGCUGCGCCGAGGAGGAGCCCUCACACACCCGCAAGGCUGACAUACAAUAUAUCCUGCAGAAGCCGGAGGAGCCGUCUAGCGACACCACCUCACUCGUGCUGUCCCUUCAUCAGCACGGCGACAGUGACAGCGAGUCCGUGACCACCGUGUCCUUACUGCGGCACCAGUCCAAUUCCUCCUCUCCAUCUUCAUCAGUCUCCUCGGUCAAGGACCUCAAGUCUGAUAUUUACCACCAGAUUGAGCUGCGGCGUUCCAAUUCGGUGUCUUCGCGGCAGCUGCCUGUAAUUGACGUGCGCCCCAUAGAGUUCUGGUCAGGGGUGAGGGGCGAGGGGGUGCAGCCUCGCCUCCCGGGCCCGCCUCGCUCUCCCGGGGUCUCCAGGUCACCUCGCUGGGCUUCCAAGUCAACUGACUAUGAAACUCUUACCAAGAUCCGGCCCAAUUUGUAUACGUCAACGUCGUCAUCACUUGAAGAAGGCCCUGACGAGGACCUGUUCGGAAGGAUCCACUUCUCGCUGCACUACGACGCCUCUGCCUCUGUUCUCCUGGUUAAGGUCCUGGAAGCAGCUGACCUUCCUCGGCCCGCUUGUAAAGAUCGCAGCGACAUGGCGCACUCAAACCCCUAUGUAAAGAUUUCCCUUCUCCCGGACAACAAAAACUCUCGACAGACAACGGUGAAGAAGAAGACACAAGAGCCUGUGUUUGAGGAAACAUUCUCAUUCGAGCUGCCGUACAGGGAGGUCAUUCGCCGUACUCUGGAGCUGAAAGUGAAGGAUUUUGACAAGUUCUCGCGACAUUGUGUGGUUGGGCACGUUCUCUUGCCCUUGCAGAACGUAAACUUGGCUAGACCCUCACGUCUCUGGAGACCACUCACCCAGUGUAGCCAGGAAACAGAGGAGUUUGGUGAGAUAUUGCUGUCUCUCAACUACCUUCCCACUGCCGGUCGUCUCAACGUGGACAUCAUCAAAGCCAAGCAAAUUCUCCAGACAAGUCUCGCCCGAGGAGCAGAUCCAUAUGUCCGUGUGUCACUGGUGGUUCGCGGUCGGCAUCUCAAGUCUAAGAAAACUGGAGUCAAGAAAAAUACGCUUUCUCCUUCCUUUAAUGAAUCAUUCAGCUUCCAAAUAGCAUCACCUGAGCUGCGUGAAGCAUCUCUAGUGGUCACUGUCUGGGACUGGAAUGGCGGAGUCAUGAGAGACGAGUUCAUUGGCAGAAUUGUUCUUGGGAAGCAACCCUCAGGUCCACACGAGAUAAACCACUGGAGUAACAUGAUGGGGUCACAGAGGCACGCCGUGGCACAGUGGCACUCUCUUCGUUCCCGCCAGCAGUGUGACGAGGUUUCAUCUGCUUCCCGUGCUGUCCCUUGAGCAGUUGGACUGGCACUCCAUCAUGAUUUUCUCAGUUAAGCAGACAGCUAUCAUUUAAGAAGCACAAGAGUUGAGGUGUUGGGUUUUGUGUCUUAAGCUUUCGGAGCCUCCAAAAGCACUGAUGAGUUUGUCAAGUUAGAGUUGCAGGUGGGAAAUAAUACCAGCUGGUCAUUGCAAUGCUGUGAGUAUAGUAUCUGCAAGUUGUCUCAGAGAGCAUUUAUAUAUAUAUAUUUACUUACAGAUUAAAUGCAUACGUUCUCUGUAGACAUGUAUCUGUGAAAUCACAACAAUUAUUAGGCAAUUAGCUUAUGGUAUUUGAUUUAAAAGGCAAUGCAGUACUAAUAAUUUUGAGAAGGAAUAAAGGAACUAGUUAAUGACUAGACGUAGCACUUUCAAUGCCCUUCUGAACUUGCUUAUCGGGAAGUGCUUUGUUUUCCUUGAAAGAUAGUUUAAUAGCCUAUAUUUUACUAAUAAUGAUUGUGUGAAUCAGCAAGUUUGCCCAAGUUUUAAAUCUGUCCAUAAUCUACCCUAAUAUUUAAGUGUUGCCUAAGUAUACACACCACAAUGAACCUGGAUGAAAGAUACUGCACUGAGAAGAUAUUUUAUUUGUAGCCAACAUUUCAGUGCUAGAAUGUCACAAAGUUCUCAUCGACACAUGUCUGCAAAUAAAACUUCCAUCACGAUGUCUUUCACUUUGUAUCGUUGUGUGCACUUUGUGCUUCUUGUUAUAGCACCACAACCCCGAGGUCUUAUGCAAUGGUUCACACCUUGCAGUACUGUAUAUAGUAUGGUUAUAUAGUACUGUAUAUAGUAUCAGCCAGUGUUAUAGGUUAUAUCGAAUGGUAAAAGCCAGUGUUGUAGCUAUAUGGUAUGGUGUAAGCCAGUUUGCAGGUUAUAUAAUAUUGUGUAAGGCAGUGUAAUCUGAGCUAACUGACAGAGCUUGAAAAGAGGGCAGGAAGGUAUUACACUAUUAUAGUAAUGCUUUUUAUUUUUCAUUAUCCAAUAUUUACACAAAAUUUUGCAAAUUAAAUUAUUGUUCAAUGUAUAUAUAUAUAAUAUAUAUUCAGCCAAUUGAAGCCAAACUGUCCAGUAGAUUUUGUAUCACUUGCUGAAGCUGAGAUUUAAAUUUUUAUAGUGAAUGUUUUGGAAAUAUAAAUUACAUCAGGAACUGCAGCAAAUAGUUAUUAAAAUUAUAAUAUAAGUUUUAAAGUGGAUAUUUUACAUAUUAUUAAACAAAAUAAUUGAUAUGAGUCUCUAAUGAGCUAGUCUCAUUGUGUAUUUAAUUACUCUUGUGCCCAUAUCAUUUUAAUACAUGCAGUAAUAUAAUUUUUUGCAAUCAAAUUUGAGUGUGUAUGUAUUUUACUGUACUAUCAUGUUUCACAUACAGCUGCUUUUGGAUACAAAUUACUUAAAUACAUUUCACAGAUUUGACGUACUCAUAAGUGUGUGUGUAUUUGAAAAGACUAGAGUAUUAAACAUAACAAAUGCCCUGUGUGUUACGCUGAUAUUAUAAUGUGUUCAUGAGUGAACGCAAGAAGGACUAGUAUAUAGUUAAACAUAACUUGAGGAUUGCAUAUACAAGUACAUCAGUUAGACUGUGUUUGGUUGUGCGUGUCUAUACUCUCGAGAGCUUUAUGUAUAUUAGGGGACCAUUAGAUAGUGCGUGUGUGUGUGUAUAGAUUACAUAUUGCUUUUACCUUAGUAAUAACCUUGUAUGGAUGUGAAAUGUACUUUAUAUUUUUGUGUACAUGUAACAUAAUGAAACAAAAAUGCAUCAUACAGUGCUGUGCAUACUUUUAAGAUAUUUAUUCAACAAGGACAAUUGGGUGCAUAUCUGUAUUUGUGUAUGUAUAUGUAUGUACAUUGUGUGUAUGUAUACAUAUACUCAUACAUCACAUAUAUAUCACACACACAAAGGUGCUUUUCUAGGUACUGUAUGCUGUUAGAUAAAUGUAUUUAACUUUGUUUAAUGUUAACCUCAGGUUUUAGAGAGUUAAAAGGUACAGCAAAUUACGUUACUUUGAUCACAUUGUUGCCAUUGAUGAUGGGCUAUAUACUUUCCUCAUUUUAGGGCAAUUUCUUGUGUAAAGUAUUAUUUGUUAGGUGUGUUUUUGUUCAGAAUUGAAAGACUAAGGAGCCGGAUGUAUGGGUCUGCGGGCCUCUCCGAGCAACAGCCUAGUGGAGUAAGUUAUAACAAGUCGAGCUGGCCCCAGACUGGGUUUGGAGAGUAAGCUCCCAGAACCGCCUCCAUAUAUAUUCCAGAGGUUCAGAAUGUCUUGGUAGUGGGAAACAGUGGUGUUAAUUGAGGUAGCAACAAGAAGAAUUGUGUUUUACUGUGACAAAGGCUGCAUUAAAUGCAACAGCCAUAGAUCAUAGAUCAAGAUUCGAAAACCAUGAUGCCCAGGAUCAUCUGCAAACGUACAUGACACUGUGAUCACCUCGCCACUGAGACGAUCAAUGGUGAGGUGGUUACAGUAUCGUGUUCGUUCGUGGGUGAUCAACAUGGGUUCAAAUCCUGGCCGGGACAUUUAGAGUUCUUAGUAAUAGAUUACUGUAUACAGUAUAUGAAAUAUACUUUUAAUAGCAUUAAUAUUGAGGAAAUAUAUGCAAACAUGGGAAACAGAGGUGAUGAUAAUGAAAAUAUAGGUACAGUAUUAAUAGGGGAAACCAGUGCCAUUGUACGAGUUGUCUUUUGGUGUUUUAAAUUUGUAUUUUUUUACCCAUUUCAGUUUUUUAACAUAUACUAUACACAUUUUAUAAUGUCCAUGUGUUUGCAAAUGAAAUAAGUAUACAGCUGUAUUAGCUUGUAAUUCUAAAAGACUAAAUUUCCAAUAAUGCACCUAUAUCCGACACUCUGAGGCCAGGUUCAGAGACACAACACAUUCCAGGGAUUUGUGCAUGUUCAAAAAAACACAGGUUUUUAUAUUUAUGGUACAGUACUUACCAUUUACUUUAUUCGUGUGAUUUCUUCGUAACAUCGCGGUCACUACGCGUGUUAACACUAAUCACUUUUUAUAUCCAGAUGACUACAGGUAUCUAUAUUAUUAUGUAUUUUUAUUAUUAUGUAUAGAUAGAAUAUAUAUUGUGUAUAUCCCAAGAAUAUAUAUGUAGAACAUAUAUAUUUGUCAGUGUGAUAAAUGUAAUUACGAAAAUAAUGUUCUAUAUUUUCUUCAUAUAAAGAUUCAUAUAAGGUUAUUUAGUACUGCAUAUUAUCUUCCAUUUACAGCAUUUAACUGUAUCGAGUUCCUGUUGCAAAUUGUAACAUGUGAUAUAAUGUUUCUUAUUUUGGCAAUUGCUUUGACAAUAUCUGCAUGUUGCAUAACUAUGCAGACCAGCAUAUUUGUGCAGACAAACAUAUUCACUAGGAUCCAGUAUGAUGCUCAAGUCAUUCAAUGUGCGAGCAGACUAGCUGGUGUAGUAUCAAAUACCGUACAGCACAGUAUAAACAAGCAUACAAAGUAUAGCAAUUAUAUAUCCAAUAUAUUUUACAGUACUGUACACAAUUUUGUGCAAUAUUUAUACAUGUAAACAAUCAACUCACAAUCACACAGUAGCAGUAAAUCUAUAGAUUCAACCAUUAGCAUUAUUAAUGUACAUCCAAGAGUACUGUAGUUAUAUAACCCCACUCAUGAUAUAUUCUUUUUUUAUACAAUACCCCUUUCCAGUUAGGUAAACGUUAGCACAGUGAGAAAGGCGUAGGGCUGUGUCUCUUAUCUUUGCACCAUUAACAGCAAAUAAAUUAGUUAUCUGGUCUAGUACAGUAUUGUAAUAUCCUUUAACCUAUACACAGCACAGUUGUUUAAAACUACUACAUCGAGGUGUGUGUGUCUGAAACUAGUUAGCAAAUUAAAUUGGAAAAAUCACGAAUGACAAUUGUAGCAGCAUAAGGGUCAAAUAUUAAUCGAGUUACCCUUCUACUAAGAUUAACUAAUUUCACACAAGCAUUGUAUGCGGCAACACAUUCACAAAAGUUACUGCUGCAUGAUACUAUAAUACAUUUUGGACUAAAAUACCUAAUUGACUAAAUUAACAUUCAGUAUAAAAAGAUUAAUAGAAAGUUGAAUGAAAUAUAAGGUUGAUUAAUAUCUUAACACUAAAUUCAGUGAUUGUUCCUCAUUUUGUAUUUGUUUUCGUUCGAGGAGAUUAAUAUGUGUAUUGAUGUAAUUUUUCUUUUUUGGUUCCCUUUCAUGUUCAAUAUUCAUCUUUUUAGAUGAAAUCAAUAGUGUUAUUGAUAGUUUUUUGGGAUUUUGUAAAAUGUACUUGUGUUGGUCUUCUAGGCCUUCUUCUAUAUGUAUUAUGAAAUCACCCAAACUGUUUAUUUUACAAGUUAAAAAUCAGCUGUGUUGUAUUAUAUUUAUAUGAUAAAGAUGUUGUACUCACCUAGUUGUGUUUGCUCUGGCUCUUUGGUCCCGCCUCUCGACCAUCAAUCAACUGUUGUACAGAUUCCUGAGGAUAUGUCUUGAGGUGUAGCGAGUAGUUGCUUGCUAAACUGUAAAGUGAGGUUCACGAAGCAUCUUUUUAUAUUAAAAAGAUACCAAUUAAUCGUAGGCCACAUUAAAGACAAUAUAUUUGUAGCUAAAUGUGUUUGUUUAUAAAGUUUUGGGAUAAGUUAACAACUUUGGGAUGAAUUAGAGCAUUGAGCCAGAGUGGAUAGGGCUGUGGUGUGGCUAAUUACUUGAUAGUGUUGGUGCUUGUUACCUGUGAUGUAUAAUAUGAAUGACAAAGAAUGUAUGAUUUAUAUUUGUCAAUAUCUUUAAUGUUCUUUCACUACAUUUUUUAAUCAUUUUUUUUAUCAGGAUAAUGCCUCAUUUUUCAAGUCAUAUUGGAAAGUUCAGUGCACAUAAAAUUUGUUAUGUGUCGAAUGUAUUUGUUACAAGAAAAUUAUUCAAAUUGCUUGCUAUUAUGACUAUUUUGUACAAAUUAAGAUAAUAUUCAUAUUUUGAAUUACUGUACUUUAUACUGUGCUGUAACCAGUAAACUGUCUGCUGAUUAGGGGGUUGCAACGUUAUAUGCCUAUUAAAUAUAUUAAAUCAACCUGAGAAUUUUAGAAUGGAUUGAAUAGUAUAUUUUGAAAGAUGUAGUGGAAGCCUUAUUGAUACACAUAAAAAUCCCUGCAAGAUUUAUUCAGAGGCCUCGGAUUAAGAUAAGUUAGUAGGUAUUAAUAGGUGCUGGGGAAGAUUAAGUAAUGUUAGAGGGAGGCAAACGUGAGUCAGUGUUUCUGCAAAACGUCAGUACCGUAGUUACAGUCGUCUCAGAGAUAUACAUGCAAUCUUGCAGACAAAGUACAGUAUUGUAUGAAGUCAUUAGAUAACAUUAAAAAGUAGAGAGUUCAUAUUGUUAAAAAUAGAACUGUUAUACAUCUGUUUAUUUAGUUUUGUGAAAUAAUGUCAAUACAUGUAUUAGUAUACUGCACUGUAAUAUACUCUAAGUAUAAUGAUGUCACUUCUCUUCAUUAUCUAUUUGGUUAUGAUGUUGGGGAUUUUUGUGUUAUUUUACUGUAUAUCUUUUGUGAUUUAAUAUUACAUGCACACACAUGCCAAAUGUAGUUCCUAAGUAUCUUGCUGUUUGCAUUUAACCUGCUGAACAAGAGAUGUUUCUCAAUAUAAUACAUGUUUAAAGCACAAUAAUAGUCCAGUUUGUGACGCACCAAGCGAAUUUAACCCCUCCGUAGAUAGGCAAUUAUUCUUAAGAUAGCAGGUAUGUACACUGUUGGUAGGAUAUAGAUGUCUUUUGACUUUAAUGUUCAUUUGCAAACAUUUUUAUAGAAAUUGACAUAAAUUUCCACACAUUUAUUCUUGUAUGUCAGAUGCUUGUACUGUAUACAUUACUUUGCACCUUUGUCUUUUUGUUGAACUCACUUGAUCCACGUUGAAUGCGACUUAAAAGUAGAACAAAUAAAUGAGGCAAUGUGAUGCCGAAGUGAUAUAGUACAGGUAUGAUACAGUAGAGAUGUAAAGUGUCGUGGACAUGUUAUAUUAGUGACUAACCAACUACAUUUUUUCCUUUCGUUUUGUCAAACAUUCUGAAUCUUGUUAUUUCAAACGAACGAAUAUAUUUUUAUUGGAGUAUAAGAUUUGGAACAUUAUGUAAGAUUUUAUAUUAUUUGGUAUUAUUAUUAGUGAUUAGGUUGGGAAAUGUAUUUUGUAUGUGAAAAUGUUAUUCGAUUCCUAUCCCUGUCAACAUAGAGCAUGGAAGGCAUUGACAUAAGGCACUUAAAUAAUGUGGUAAAAUAUAUACUAUAUAUAACUUUCUCCCAGUUGUGGAUGUUUUCUGUGAUCAAAUUUGCUGAAGAGUACCAUAUGACCAGCUUUUCAACGACAGUAAAUUCCUGUAGAAAAUAUGGUACUAGUAUUGUAUAUAAAAUAAAGACUGCAGUGGACUUGCUGCUUCCCACUGUGACACAGUUCAAAUUAUAUUUUCCCGUUACCUAUUCUUAGUUAAAUAAUAUGUAUUACUGUAAGAAAUUCUAUUUGAAUGUCGCCAUAAGGUGUGCUGUAAAGAAUUGGUACCUUAAAGCAAUUUUUCUUUGUCUUGUUUCUUGCCUCAGUUUUUAAUUCGUACCCAUUAUAUGUGGUUUUCUACAGAAAUUGGGUAAUAUUUAAAUAAUAUACUGAUCAAAGUUCUGUUUAAAUGAUACAUUUUAUCGGUGACCUGAAAUGCAAGUAAAUUUAUCAAGCUCAAAGCCCAUCUUUAUUCUUUAUAUAGAAAAUAAGCAGUUAACCUCAGGGAGCAAACACUAACAGGUUCAGAUACUUAUUAAACAAUUAGCCAGUUAAGAUGUAAGUGGCACCCCUAAUAGAAUUCUCCACUUAAGAAAAGUCUGUGACUGGUGAUUUGGAUAUGUCAAUUUUAUUUCAAAUUCUGUUUGAAUUUGUGUGGCUAUGGAUUGCUAUACUGUAUAAAAUAGAUACCAAUGAUAACAUCAGGUGGUCUCCUAAAUAUGGUGAAGGUAACCUUCUCUGUAGUAAGAUUUGUUUGAGAAACUAUUGAGGCCGUAUGAUGGGAUCCAACCGUCGUUCUGUACCUGGACUCCUCGGGCACAUGCAUUACCGACUGAACCAUGACCAGUACAGUACAGUAGUGCUUGUGUCUGGAGAGUUCAGAGAUGCCGGUUCUGUUCCAUCAUACAGCCUCAAUAUUUUUCUGUAGCUAAAUUAUGUUUUUGUGAUUUCAUUGCGUAAUAUUUGUAUGUUUACCGAUUUUUUCUGAUUUUUGUUUGUUGGCUUCUAGCUGAUUGGGCCCCGAGCUCUAUUCUUGGGUAAGAUGAGAUGUUUAGGCAUGUUUCCUUACACCUGAUGCCUUUGUUUACCUGGCAGUAAAUAGGUACUUUACUGGGAAGCUAGUUGACUAUUACACACAGAAAUCACAAUAGCGUGAUGCAUCAAAUGAACAAAUCCACAA